GGAAUCCGUGUUCGACUCUUCUCUGGCUGAGCUGUUCAUUGCCAGCCACCCCGAGACUCCCCACGCGGCAGGCAUCGUCUCCUUCGGUCUCACAGCCACCCCGGGCCGGAGCGUGGGGAGGGUGUAAGGGAGCCAGCCAACUCGGGGAAACUUCGUUGCCAGAGAUGACUGGGGUUUUCGGGCUUUCCCAGCCUUCCCAUGCCGGGCCACACGGCAUUCAUUAAAGUGGUGGGGCAACUAUUGCUGCGCUCCGGCCGGGCAGGUUUUGAGCUGCAGAGACCCGUGCGCCCGGCAGCAGCGCUUUGCCACAGAGUGGACCCAGGACGCGGCGGCCGCCAGCCCGGGUUUCCUGCUAGGGGACGGCGAGUGCAGGGAGACUUUGCGCCACGAUGUUUUGUUUUCCUGCCGCAGGAACGCUAGGCAGUGUCUUUCCACCGGACUUAACCCGCCUGAAGCAAUAGCCAUGGAAGUUGCGGCGGCACAAAGGGAGACAGAACCGCUCGGCGCGGCAUCUUUUUUGGAUGUUUUUUCUCUACACAGACGACUUCAUUCUUUCCUUGGUGGCCGUUCCCGCAGCAGCACCGGUGUGCCAGCCCAAGAGCGCCACUAACGGGCAACCCCCGGCUCCGGCUCCGACUCCAACUCCGCGCCUGUCCAUUUCCUCCCGAGCCACAGUCGUAGCCAGGAUGGAAGGCACCUCCCAGGGGGGCUUGCAGACCGUCAUGAAGUGGAAGACGGUGGUUGCCAUCUUUGUGGUUGUGGUGGUCUACCUUGUCACUGGCGGUCUUGUCUUCCGGGCAUUGGAGCAGCCCUUUGAGAGCAGCCAGAAGAAUACCAUCGCCUUGGAGAAGGCGGAAUUCCUGCGGGAUCAUGUCUGUGUGAGCCCCCAGGAGCUGGAGACAUUGAUCCAGCAUGCCCUUGAUGCUGACAAUGCGGGAGUCAGUCCAAUAGGAAACUCUUCCAACAACAGCAGCCACUGGGACCUCGGCAGUGCCUUUUUCUUUGCUGGAACUGUCAUUACCACCAUAGGGUAUGGGAAUAUUGCUCCGAGCACUGAAGGAGGCAAAAUAUUUUGUAUUUUAUAUGCCAUCUUUGGAAUUCCACUCUUUGGUUUCUUAUUGGCUGGAAUUGGAGACCAACUUGGAACCAUCUUUGGGAAAAGCAUUGCGAGAGUGGAGAAGGUCUUUCGAAAAAAGCAAGUGAGUCAGACCAAGAUCCGGGUCAUCUCAACCAUCCUGUUCAUCUUGGCUGGCUGCAUUGUGUUUGUGACGAUCCCUGCUGUCAUCUUUAAGUACAUCGAGGGCUGGACGGCCUUGGAGUCCAUUUACUUUGUGGUGGUCACUCUGACCACGGUGGGCUUUGGUGAUUUUGUGGCAGGGGGAAACGCUGGCAUCAAUUAUCGGGAGUGGUAUAAGCCCCUAGUGUGGUUUUGGAUCCUUGUUGGCCUUGCCUACUUUGCAGCUGUCCUCAGUAUGAUUGGAGAUUGGCUACGGGUUCUGUCCAAAAAGACAAAAGAAGAGGUGGGUGAAAUCAAGGCCCAUGCGGCGGAAUGGAAGGCCAACGUCACGGCCGAGUUCCGGGAGACACGGCGAAGGCUCAGCGUGGAGAUCCACGAUAAGCUGCAGCGGGCGGCCACCAUCCGCAGCAUGGAGCGCCGGCGGCUGGGCCUGGACCAGCGGGCCCACUCACUGGACAUGCUGUCCCCCGAGAAGCGCUCUGUCUUUGCCGCCCUGGACACUGGCCACUUCAAGGCCUCGUCCCAGGAGAGCAUCAACAACCGACCCAACAACCUGCGCCUGAAGGGGCCGGAGCAGCUGAACAAGCACGGGCAGGGUGCGUCCGAGGACAACAUCAUCAACAAGUUCGGGUCCACCUCCAGACUCACCAAGAGGAAAAACAAGGACCUCAAAAAGACCUUGCCCGAGGACGUUCAGAAAAUCUACAAGACCUUCCGGAAUUACUCCCUGGACGAGGAGAAGAAAGAGGAGGAGACAGAAAAGAUGUGUAACUCGGACAACUCCAGCACAGCCAUGCUGACGGACUGUAUCCAGCAGCACGCUGAGAUGGAGAACGGAAUGAUACCCACGGACACCAAAGACCGGGAGCUGGAGAACAACUCAUUACUUGAAGACAGAAACUAAAUGUGAAGGACAUUGGUCUUGGACUGAGCGUUGUGUGUGUGUGUGUGUGUUUUUAAUAUUCACACUGAGACACGUGCCUUAAACAGACUUAUUAGUCCAAAAUUACAUAGCAUUGAAGAAUAUAUUUCACUGUGCCAUAAACAACUGAAAGCUUGCUCUGCCAAAAGGAAUCAGAGAACAAAAACUUCAUUUCAGAUAGCAACCACAGGACACACCAAGAGUGUCCGUGCACGUAGCCGGUUCUGGCCGUACAUGUUAAGUGCAUUUCAGUGGCAGUGCUGUACCCCUGGGCAGUGCUACCUGGGCACACACGUAGACAAGGGCAGCUAUUCCUUAGACCAGCCUCCUGAAAGAAACAGGUGUGUCUUUUUAGUGGAGUCAUUAGUAAUAUGUGCACACGCAGAAGGGGACCUGAUUGGGGGUGAAUUGGUUAUGUGUAACAAGGGUUGGAGUUGACAUUUUGGCAUGUGCUCUGAGCUUGAAUUUCGACAGAAACCAUUCAGUGCAUCAUACCUAGUCUUUCUAUGCUCCAAAUGAAUGUCUGUGGGGACCUGAGAGCACCUGGAAUUUGUUGGAAGCAGAACAGAGCACACGUAUUAAAAGGUGCAAUUGCUUUUCUCAUGACAAAAGAAAAAAAAAUCACAAACACAUCACACUGUGGAUAUCACCUUAACCAAUGACAGAAGCCUGCUGAGUUUGGUCUUUCUCACAGGGGUAGGUAGUCCACAUGAACUGGCGAGCAGUGGUGAAAACGCGACUUCAACUGCUGCGUGGUUAAAGGCCAAUCAUGCAUUUUCCUCAGUGAGUGCAAUGGUGACAAUAAACUGAUUUGGAAAUGUCCAUGUACUUUGGUUAUAACUUGUUUUGAUAAGAGGGGGAGAAAUACCAAAACAAUUGCCUUGCAUGAUGCCAGUGGCUUGCUGUUCUGUCUAGCCGAUCCUACAUUUUUAUAAAAGUAGACAUCCUGCAUUUCUGAGACACACUGAGGAGGACCAUGGCAUCUUUCCAUCUCAGGGCUUUUUGUCCCUUGGGUGUCUUAGGGUAGACAUAGUGAUAAGAUCCAAUCUCGCUAUCUCCAAACAAAAAGUAAAUGUACCCCUUGUACAGUAAGCUUGAAAUGUUUUUAUUGCUUGCAGCGUAAGUGCCAUUAAUUCCGUUUAACAAUGAUACUUAGAAAUACUUAAAAUAUUUCAUUUUACUUUUAUGUUUGGGCAUUCCUUCAUUUUGAAAAUGUCACUUCUUCUCCUUGCUUGUUUCUACAUCUCACAUCGGUUAUUCACUAAAACUGGAACACCCCUAGACUGAUUGUUCCCAGGCAAACGGUAAGCUAACACAUCAUAAUUAUGAUUGGCCUCUGAGGCUAGAACAUCCCGUAGAGGAAAGUCAGGGAAUGGCUAGUCAUAGGUUGCAUGAUGAUUUUAAAUGGGUUUGUAGCAGAAAGGGGAAAAUACAUACUCCUGCGUAUGCCUCAGUCUUUAUCAUAAUUGGCUGGUUCACAGCUAGCUCUUUGGGCCACACGUGAAAGCAUUUGGACCUGGCAACACCAGGCAGUUGCUGGUUAUGGGUAUUCUAGGCUCACUGCUACCUUUUAGAGAGUUCAUGGGAUUUUACGUAAUUAACCUGCAAUGUGGAUUUGCCAAAAGAUCACAGCACUAGUGGAGACUUCCAGAAACUGUCUUGUGCUUUCUAACCUCCAGGGAAAGUUGUACCCACGACAUCCUCGACCACUGGUACCGUAGAAGACCUGUCCCUGCCCAUUUCUCAAAAAUGCACAUCUCUUCCCUGCCUGGAGCACAUGCAGUCCCAUCUCCCUGUCCCCAGACCCUUAGGCUCUGUUGAAGUUCUGGCAUUGCUUUUGAGAAGGAGCCAGAUAAGAAUCAACUUUGAUGAGACCCUUCCUGUCCAAGGAAGGUCUAAGUCAACUCCUCCACUGGACUGGAGAUGAGGCUCACUGGUGACAUCCUGUGUCCACACAGUAAUAAAUAGUCACUUGGGAGGCGACGUUUAUGCAGGUGUGGAUGUUGAGUUUUCCUAUGGGAAUCAUUCCAGCCUGACAAAAAUGUGUUUUAAGGAAUAGGUAGAUAACUGGGACUUCCUCUGUUAUUCUAACAAGUCGAAGUUUCCUAAUUAAACUGUCCAUGGAUCUCACUUAGUUGGUUUCCACUCUGUGUUAUCUGGUACAUUCUUUGUAGUAGUGUGUUAAAAGUCCAGGCCCUACAGCCAAAUCUGGCAGAGGCUUCCCUCUCAUUUAUCCAGUGCCUUCUGUGGGCCAGGCACAGGAUUAGGCACUUUAUGAACGUCAGCUCAAUGAAACCUCACGACACCAUGUGGGAAGUAUUUGCAAACCCAUUAUAUACACAAGGACACAGAGGCUCAGGGAAGCUAUGUUAUUUAUCCAAUGGCACACAGCAAGAAAGUGGUAGAGCUGGUAUUCAAAGUCUGACCAAAGUCUGCUUUCAACUUCACUAUACUGUCUGUGUCAUGCAUCCUUGUGAAUGUGUGUGUUUGUGUGUAUGUGUGUUUUUCUAGCUUCAAUAGACACAGCUUACAGAUGUGAGGAGCAGAUAUGGCGGAAUCUCCACCGCCAAGAGGGCACAAGGUCUUUGUGUAAACAUGGCUUAAACGGUUGCCCCUGCAGACACCUACUGUACAUUUAUUUGGUUUCAGAAAUUCUGUAUGUGGCACCCUUUAAAAAAUGCCCUUUGAAAGCACUCUUUUGCACUUUACUUGCUAACUUUGUAGAAACUCUGCAUACAGCAGGAAUAAAAUAGUUCAAAGCACUAAGCUGCAUACUCUACCAAAUGGAACAGGUGCAUGUGUUGGUGUGUGCAUAGAUGCUUCCCCAAAUAGUCAAAUCAGUCAUACAGAGGGAUCAAACAUAACCUUGGGCUGGGGGUGGGAAAAUUUUCUACAUAACCCGUUCCCUGAGUACAUUUGGCCAAGAAUGUGAUGAACAAAAUCAAAGAAGAUCCUCUAUGGUGAUUGAUCGAUUAAAUAUGUGUGCAAAGUGUUUAGAAACCUAUAAAAUACUCUCGCAAAGAAGCUGAGAGAGAAUAAGAGGUUGGAUUCCUCUUCAUAUAAACUAAGAUUUUGGAGGAGGCCAGUUGGUUUGAAGUUACUUGAAUGUUACCUUUUUUAGAUAGGGCCAAAUGGCAUGUAGAAUACACGUUGAUAAGUCAAAGCUGCUACACAUUCUACACAUGCAUCAGCACAGCCCCCCCUUUCCAAUCUGCACUCCCACUCCACCAUACACCUAGGAGAAAUUUUUCGAUUUUGCACACGGAAAGAGCACACGUCCACCAUCUUCAGUGGGGGCUGUCUUUUGCUUCACUGGCAAUCGGGCACUGAAUUUUUCUUGCAUGACAAAUCUGGAGCUUUACUGGUGAGAGAGCCAAUGGGCAUUUUUUCCUGGGAAGAGUACAGCUCCAUACCCAGUCCUAACCCAACAGUGAUUCCAGGAAUUUAUCACUUUGGGGCAGGGCUUUAUAGAGUGUGUGUGUGUGUGUGUGUGUGUGUGUGUGUGUGUGUGUAGGGGGGGGGCUGGGGUGGUGUUGGGCCAUCUCUGGCCUGUUACUAAGGUAACUGGGACUAUUUGUGUUCCACCAGUCAUAGCCUGUGAUUGUGGGCACAACAGUUCUCUGCCUAGAUCUCUGUUACCUUGUCUGCACAUCAAGGGAGGGAGUUGAGCACAGAUACUUGUCAAGGUCCAUUGUAGUUGUGCAGUUCUCUAAUGAAACUCCCUAGUCCAUGAGUUCACGAAAUUUAUUAAGAUUAAGUUAUAAGCUGGAUUUGUGAAUAAUGACUAAUUAAUUGUCUUGCCUAUUUUAGGUUAAGGUGAGAGCUUAGUCUCUUGCCCUUUGGGAUUUGUCUUUUGGGGGAUUGAUGGAGACCAGAUGUACUUGGGAGACUGGUGUCCAAAUUCGGAUCAUGCCCUGUGCAGGCUCUCUCUAUCCUCCCUUAUAGCUCUUUAGUUUACUGUCACCGGGAGGGCUCAUGCUGUGAGGGCAUUUUUUGCAUGCUGUUAAGACUAGUUAAAGAAUUUUAAGCUGUUGCUAUUUGCAGUCAAUUGUAGUACUUCAUGUAUCAUGAAUUCAAGUACUAUGAUCAGACAGACAUCUCUCUCUCUCUCUCUCUCUCACACACACACACACACACACACACACACACACACACACACACACACACGGAAAUGGCUGCUUUGGGUUCUAUAAGGACCAUUCCAUGUUUAAAGUCCUAGUUCAGCUGAAUACUAAGAGCCCGCCCCCUUGCCUGCCUCUGAGAUGAUGUCAUUUCCUGGCUUCGUCAAUGCUGCCUGUCUAUUUGCAUGCUGGGUUCUGAGGACUAGCGAGAAGGUGACCAGAGUUUGGGUGGGGCUGGUUUUUACCCACUGGAUUUGGUGAGAAUGUGAAGCAUCCAGUGUGGUACCAGGGUUUCUGAACCAUGGGAAAGGCGUAGGAAAACAAACAUUCAGAGCCCCUGUAAAACGAGAAAGGAAAAACCAGCCAGUGUUGCAUUCCAUAUCUCUGCUUGUUGCAUUUUGCUAAUAUGAGGUUAUUCUUUCUCACUGUUAUGAUGCAAUUGUGUGCAAAGACAGUGGCUGAGUGAGCAGUAAGAGCUGGCUGGUAAUGGCCUUAAAAAGAAAAAGGGUAACUCUGAAACAAAGAUCACUUUAGUGUGGCAUUGUGGAUGCUGUUAAUUCUGCAUAGGGAAACUUUGGAACAGCAUGCUAAUUACAUGGCUGUAAGCAAAGCCCUGUCCUCUGUCUCUGCACCAUACCUUCAUUGGACUUCACCAACCCACCCAUACUCCAAGUAAACCUCAGUUCUCUCAUGCCUGCCGUAAGUCACUUGACAUCAAUGCAGUGGCAUUGAGGAGAAAUGAGAGGUGUCUCUGAUUUUACUGAAAGUGACGAUCAUUUUCACAGGUGCCUGAGAUUUGAUAUCUACUUUGUGUUCUUGAUUCUUAGGUGAAAAGUCUGAAAUAGUUCCCUGUGCAUUAAAAAAAUUACUUUGAGAGGACUCCUGCUCUGUCGAUUCAGCAGACCUAUGCUGCAGAAGGUAACUGUAGAACCUCUCUUUUGCUGUCAGGGCUCUGAGCUUGAAGGGAGAAGGUGCAGUGGUGCCUAGAAGUGAUAUGCAAACCACCUCACAUGUCAGCCUCUGGCCUCCUUCCCAUCCCAGAGUCACAGGCAGGGGACCCAGUGACAAUGAUGAUAAAUCCAUGUGUGGAGGUGUUUUACUUAUUUUUCUUUCUGUAGGAUUUCAUGGUGCUUAAAAAAAAAAAGGCAUUUUACAGAAAAUAGUGCGGGGGGAGGGGGAUUUCAUAAUGAUCUUAGGGAAAGUACAAAACAAAUUUGCUUGUGACAUUUCAAUAAGCUGUGCUGCUAUUGUCUUUAUUUGAUGAUGUAAUUUUUUUUUCAAUGAUGGAGAAAAAUUGCAACAAAGACCUUCUGGAAGAUCCAA